UGGAACUUUUAUUUUGAUGUUCUUAAUGGAGCGGUUACCGGACGCUGCCAAAUAAACACACGGAAGUGGAAAUUUAGCGCCAACAGAUGAAAAAUGGAUGCUCGGAGGCUGAAAACAAAAGUUAUUGCUGGUUUCAAGAUGCGAGGUUUAAUGCUUCGACCUGAAGCCAGUAGAUAUCUGAUUGAAGUUUUGGAGUCCGUCAGUGAAGUUGAACUAGAUGAUGUCAUUGAACGGAUCUUGGACGCUGUUGAAAAACAACCUUUGUCCAGCAGCAUGAUCGAACUCUCCGUAGCUGAGACAGCUGUUCAAGACUGCAGUCAGUCAUGUGAUGAAACGAUAGACAAUGUUUUUAACAUAAUUGGAGCUUUUGACGUGCCGAGAUUUAUCUACAGCAUAGAAAGGAAAAAGUUUAUUCCUAUCAGCAUGACUAGCCAUCCGGCCCCUAGUUUAUGUGGCCAGGCCAGAGAUAAGGCUGAGCUCUUUAGGGAGCGCUAUACAAUCCUACAGCAGCGUACACAUAGGCAUGAAAUUUUCACUCCACCUGUGAUUGGUUCAGCACCAGAUGAAGGGAGAAAUAAAUUCCAGCUGAAGACAGUGGAGGCUCUCUUAGGAAGCACAGCAAAACUGGGUGAAGUUAUUGUUCUUGGCAUGAUAACACAGCUUAAAGAGGGCAAGUUUUUCCUUGAAGACUUGACUGGCUCAGUGCAGCUUAAUCUUUCCAAAGCACAGUUCCACAGUGGACUUUACACAGAGUCCUGCUUUGUCCUGGCUGAGGGAUGGUAUGAGGACUCAGUCUUCAAUGUCAGUGCUUUUGGGUUCCCUCCAGUUGAGCCCUCCUGUACUACCAGGGCGUAUUAUGGUAAUGUAAACUUCUUUGGUGGCCCAUCCACCACCACUGUCAAAGCUUCUGCCAAGCUGAAACAGCUAGAGGAGGAGAAUGAGGAUGCUAUGUUUGUUAUUGUUUCCGAUUUAUGGCUGGACAGUGUUGAAGUCUUGGAGAAGAUCCAGACCAUGUUUUCAGGCUACUCAGCAAUGCCACCCACAUGUUUUAUCUUCUGUGGUAACUUCUCCUCUGCCCCUUAUGGCAAGAAUCAGGUCAAGUCACUUAAAGAGUUAUUGAAAGCCCUAGCUGAUUUAAUCUGUGAACAUCCCAGCAUCCACAACAACAGUCGCUUUGUGUUUGUUCCUGGUCCUGAGGAUCCUGGACCCAGUACAAUUUUACCCAGACCUCCCUUGGCUGAACACAUUACAGAGGAGUUUAGACAUCGUGUCCCAUUCUCUGUGUUCACCACCAACCCAUGCAGGAUCCAGUACUGCAGUCAGGAGAUGGUGGUGAUCCGAGAAGACUUGGUCAACAAAAUGUGUAGGAAUUGUGUGAGGCUCCCCAGCAGCAACCUUGACAUCCCAAACCACUUUGUUAAGACCAUCCUGGCUCAGGGCCAUCUGACUCCUCUUCCCCUCUAUGUCAGCCCAGUGUACUGGUCUUACGACUAUGCUUUAAGGGUCUAUCCUGUACCUGAUCUCAUCAUCUUCGCUGAUAAAUACGACCCUUUCAGCAUCUCUAACUCAGACUGCCUCUGCAUCAACCCGGGCUCUUUUCCAAGAAGUGGCUUUUCAUUUAAAGUGUACUAUCCUUCAAACAGAACAGUGGAGGACAGCAAAUUGCAUGGACUGUGAAGCUUAUUGGACCAUACAUUUAGGGGUUUAUUUUAUUUUUUGUAACAUUUUUGUAACAGAUUGUUUUAUAUAGAUUGUAAGGCAUCUACUAUCUAUCUACUUUAAGUACAUUUUACAUAUGAAUGUGUACAUGUAAAUUCUAAAGCGUUUUGUUGUUGCAAUUGUGUAAAAUUAAAUAAACACUUUUGUUUGUAAAAUGUAUGUAUUUUAGAAGAAAUGAACAUAUCUCGUUUUUAUUGAAAACAGUACAUAUGGCGUUUACUGGUUUGUUGGCUUGUAAGACAACAUCAGAUAGCUUUGAAUGAAGAUCUGUGUUGAGAGAGACCAUAGCACAGGUUUAAUUUUCUCAAAUUUACAAGAAACUAAUAAACUUAAUAUUUUGA